AUGGAAAUGAAGAACUACACAGUUGUGACUGAGUUCAUCCUGCUGGGAAUCCCUGAAACAGUGGGGCUGGAGACGGUGCUCUUUGUUCUCUUCUUAUCUUUGUACCUGUGCACCCUGUCAGGGAAUGUGCUCAUCCUCAUGGCUAUCAUUUCUUCCUCUCGCCUUCAUACCCCUAUGUAUUUUUUCCUGGGAAACCUGUCUAUAUUUGACAUGAGUUUCUCCUCAGUUACCUCACCCAAAAUGUUGUUCUAUCUUUCUGGUCAGACACCAGCCAUCUCUUUCCAGGGGUGUGCAGCCCAGUUGUUCUUCUACCAUUUCCUGGGCUGCACUGAGUGCUUCCUGUAUACAGUAAUGGCAUAUGACCGCUUUGUUGCCAUCUGUCACCCUCUACGUUACACAGUUAUCAUGAAUCAUAGGGUGUGCUCCAUCCUAGCAACAAGUACCUGGAUAGGUGGGUGUAUUCACGCUACUAUCCUGACCUCCCUUACUUUCCAGUUACCUUAUUGUGACCCCAACCAAGUAGGCUACUACUUUUGUGACAUUCCUGCUGUCUUACCUCUGGCCUGUGCAGAUACUUCCUUAGCCCAGAAGGUUAGUUUCACUAAUGUUGGUCUUUUGUCUCUCAUAUGCUUCUUUCUCAUUCUCAUUUCUUACACUCGCAUUGGGAUCUCUAUAUCAAGAAUACAUUCUACAGAAGGUAGACGAAGAGCCUUUUCUACCUGCAGUGCACACCUCACAGCAAUCCUUUGUGCCUAUGGACCCGUCAUCAUCAUCUACCUACAACCCACUCCCAGUCCCUUGCUUGGCUCAGUGGUUCAGAUAUUAAAUAAUCUUGUGACCCCCAUGUUGAACCCCCUGAUCUAUAGUUUAAGGAAUAAGGAUGUGAAAUUUGCCCUCAACAAAGUGUUAUAUAAAAUGGGGCUCAUUGUUGAGAAUGAAUAA